ACUCGACACUGGUGUACUUUUCGUUUGGUAGGGAGGAGUCAGACAUUAGUUUCUUUUAUUAAAGUGAGAUGUUUAUUGAAUUAGCAGUAAUUAUUCAUCAUGUAUCACGUAUCCAUAAUGUAGGUCGUGCAUGCUGUAGAUUUAAAACUAUUGAUUGGUAACCAGAUAAUCUCCUAUAAGAAAAGAUCGAAGCAAAGUGAGCGGAACAGGAAGGCGGAACAAGUAAGUUCGUGAAAGUGCUGUUUCAACUAUGCGAUUUCGUCACCGUUUCAUCGUCCGUCUAAUGAUCACACACUGACUCGAAACAAAUACCAGAAGACAGUUGAUAACACAAACUCUGCCCUGGUUGUUUAAACAACCUUUUAACCUUUUUAACAGUAAAUAACACACACACAAAGCAUUCAAACUAAUCGCCUGACUCUGCCUCACUCAACAAUGUCCAUGGCUCUUAAACAAGUCUUCAACAAAGACAGGACAUUCCGGCCCAAGCGCAAGUUUGAGCCCGGGACGCAGCGCUUCGACCUGCACAAGAAGGCCCAGGCGUCUCUGAACGCGGGGCUGGACCUGAAGAUGGCCGUGCAGCUGCCCCACGGCGAGGACCUCAACGACUGGGUCGCCGUCCACGUGGUAGACUUCUUCAACCGCAUUAACCUCAUCUACGGCACCAUCAGCGACUCCUGCACCGAUCAAACCUGCCCCGUCAUGUCCGGAGGGCCCAGGUACGAAUACCGCUGGCAGGACGAGCACAAAUACAAGAGACCGACAGCCCUGUCGGCCCCCAAAUACAUGAGUCUGCUCAUGGAUUGGAUUGAGGUACAAGUCAACAAUGAGAACAUCUUCCCCACCAAUGUCGGUACUCCCUUCCCUAAGACCUUCAUGCAGGUGGCUAAGAAGAUUUUGUCUCGUCUGUUCCGGGUGUUUGUUCACGUCUACAUCCACCACUUUGACCGUGUGAGCCAGAUGGGGGCCGAGGCUCACGUCAAUACCUGCUAUAAGCAUUUCUAUUACUUUGUCACUGAGUUCAACCUCACGGACCACAAAGAGCUGGAGCCUCUGAAAGAGAUGACUUCCCGGAUGUGUCACUGAAGGGACAGAACUGACCGGUUGACACACCGGACAAUCUCAUCCGUCCAUCAAGAAGACUGCAGAACUAAAAGAACAAACAAAUUAGAAAAAGAGUCUAUUUUUAUAUUUAAGUACUGUAAUCUAUUUUAGCCACAUACUGUAGGUUUUAAGCUUGUGAGAUGAGGCUUUCUGUUCCUUUUAAAGCGUUUUCAAACAUAUUAUCAGAGCAAAGUAUUAAGAGGUGUAUGUUUGUCUCGAUGUUUUUUUAUUUUAUUUGAAUCUCAAUCAUUCCAGGAUGCUUUUGUCUAUUUGUCUGUAAAACAAUCUAAAAUUAGUAUGAAUUCUUACUGUACUAUAUAAAAAUCACUAUGUUGUUACAUCAAAAUGGUUCUGUACUGUGAUAAAUUGACUUUGGUAAUCAGUAUUUAAAUUCA